GCCUACAGAACACAUCGUUGUUACCAAAGUUCUAUCUCUCUCUUCAGUUGCAAGAGAACAAAACCCCUAGAAAAAAAAAAUUCUCUUUUCAAUUGCUAGAUCUGAAGGUGAACACAAAGAAUCCAAAUCCAUUAUCUUUCUGAUUGAUUAAAUACCCAAUCCAAAUCAUACUUAUGAUUGUUUCUCUUUGCUUCUUCAAUUCAUUAAUAUCAGAGGAACAUGAAGAGAAAUAAUAACGAUGGAGGUGAUUCGUUGCGAUUAAAUUUGUUUUCUUCAACUCAUUCAAAUCGUUGCUGGUCAGGUUACAAUAAGUAAAAGGGGUUACGUGCAAGGACCUUGCAGGGCCUAUUUUAAAACCUUGUAAUAUGUCUCAGAGUUAGGAGUAUUUCCACUAUAUGAAUGGUAACAAUUCUGUUGAUGAAAAAAAGAGGUGGUCGUUAGACAAAGGUAGACGAUCUUGAGAAUCCUAGUCCCGGCAGCUUUCAAAACGUUCUUGUCGAUGAACUCCAUUUGGGCUGUUUGCUUAAUGUUUAUUGUGCCCAGAGGCCAAGAAUGGUGCCAAGAAGCGAGAAUAGCCACAGUGUAAUUUCUGAUAAAGAGCCUAUAAUCAUUUGCAUCGAACAGAUACUCAAAAUAUGAAUCGCCACCAUUCUCCUCUUCUUCGCCGCUGCCAAUCGGUCCCUGGAAGUUAAAGAGUAUAAGAAACUUGAAGUUCUUGGAUCAAACUCGGUGAGUAAUACUGAAUAGAAAGGUACGUUGAGAACAAUAAGAGGGUCAUCUGCAAAGGAAUGGUUUACAAGUUAAACUCAAAAGAAAGCUGUUUGUUCUGAACCCCAGAUGAAGACAGAUUUUGUUCAAUAGGAGCUGCACUAAAUGUCUAUGAAGGUCAUCAAAGUAUUAGUUUUCCUGUAUUGUCUUUAUCACAAAAGGGCAAAGAAUUUGGCUACUAUGAGGACCAUUCUUUCGGCGCUUCAAUUGAGGUACUUGUAACUUCAUACAAAUGAUGAAUUCUUUCUUUGGAUAAUUUUUACUGUUUUGAUUCUCCAUCAGGAGUCUCGUAUGUUUUUGUGUGUAACAUAUGAGAGCAGUCUCCGCUUUCCAGGUUAAAAAUUGAGUACCUGAUGCAGGUUAAGAAUUGAGUACUUGAUGCCUUAUGAGAUGUAUCGACUUACUUGCGCACAAAUUUUUAUAUUGUAAGACUGCAAAUCUUUUACGGAGUGCAUUCUUGGAAUGUUUAGAUUGACUUGAAAGAAUAACAUCAGGAAUUGUACAGAGAUCACUACUGCAGCUUGACAGGACUGAUUCCUGACAUGAUCGGGAUACCAAACCUCGCCUAGAAAGCAGCCAAGCUGUUGAUACGGUGCCUCACAUUUUAAUCAGCUCCUCAUACUGGAACUUUUCAUCUCACAAAUGUAUACUGAUUAUGUUAUUAUUGCUUUAAUCUUAGGGCCAUUGGAUCAUGUUGCGUUUACACAACCAUUUCCACUGCAACCCAUUCAUUGCCUCACAGAAACUAGCAUACAUCCAUUGCCACCCAUUCUUGCUUAACAGUCAUUACCAUACACCCAUUGAUACAUGUCCACUGCCGUACGCCCACUGCCGCACGCCCACUGCUGCAUACCCAUAAACCGGUGUGUGAUGGGACGGUGUGUGGUGGGUCGGCGUGUGAUGGGACGGCGUGUCGUCAUUGGAGGAUCAUGCUGCCUUUUACACGGCCAUUUUCUCACAUCCACUGCAAGCCAUCCAUCCUUUCCCAACAGUCAUUGCCAUACUCCCAUGGCUGCGCACUGCCGCAUGCCCUCUGCUGGAUGGAUCUCUGAAAUUUUAUGUCGUUACUUGUAUAGGAGCUGCUCUUAUGUGUAUGAAGGUCCUCAAAGGCUCAAACUAUAAGUUACCGAUUUGGAAAUGUGUCUUCGUUGCAAAAGGUCUCCUAAUUCCAAAGGAACACACCUAACCAUCUCGAAGGAAUUGGAUAGUACUCAUUAUUUUCAGUGUCACCUAUUACUUGGACUAUAAAUUUGUAGUAUUGACGACUUCACCAAAAAAUCAACACACCUGAUCAGCUAGUGUCAUUGACUGAAUAGUUAACCAACUCAUUAUUUUCGGUGUCACCUAAAAAGAUAAAUAGCUAAAUGAUCACAGUUCUCACUCGGUUGUGAUAGUUAUUCAUCCUCAUCUCCUUGUAUCAUCAUAAGAAAUUUUCUUGAUCAAGCUUAAAAAAUGGGGAUAACCUUGAUAGUUGCUGUGUUUGUACGUCUGCAAGUAGUUCUGUGUGUUCUUCCUCUAGGUGUUGCAGCCCGCAAUUUAAGCGACCAUACUACUAUCAAUGGUAAUAUACGACAUUUCAUCUAUAUCUCAUGGUUGUUUGUUGAUCAAUUUCUUUUCCAUAUAUGGGUCCAUGUUAUAAUUAAUCCUUUUUGUUUAGCUAGAAGUAAGACGAAUUUGUGUUUUUUUUUGUUGUUUGUUACAAUAAUUUUUUAAAGACCGAAAUUUUUAAACUCCUUAAAAAAUCGUUUCCUAUAUGGAGACCUGCUUGGAGAUGCCACAUCAGCCUAUAAUGAAAAAGACAUUUUUAUGUUCUGAAUCAAUAUAUUUUUGUUUGAUUGUUCAUAUUAUGUUAAGCUUCUUCUGCUCUGUUGCGAUUGAAUAUACAAAGCUUUGAAUUUUAAACUUGCUUUUCGUCGAUUAUUUGUACUCAAAAUAAAACUGAUUCAUUGUGUUUACCACUUGUGAGGAGAUACGUGAAACAGUUUUGAAUAAAACUGAUUCAUAGUGUUUAACAUCAAACAAAUCAAUAAUUAUUCAAACCCUCCCAUAUCAAAGCUAUGUAUAUUCAAACCCUGAACCCUUAACAUAAUUUAAACACUCAACCAUAAAUAUAUUGAUUCAUAACAUAAAAAUGCCUUUUUCAUUAUAGGCUGAUGUGGCAGUUCUAAGUAGGUCUCCAUAUAGAAAACGAUUUUUAAGGAGUUUAAGAUCUCGGUCUUUAAAAAAUUAUUGUAACAAACAACAAAAAGAACACAAAUUCGUCUUAUUUCUAGCUAAACAAAAGUAUUAAUUAUGAUCUGGAUCCACAUAUGGAAAAAGAAUUGAUCAACAAACAACCAUGAGAUAUAGGUGAAAUGUUGUAUAUUACCAUUGAUAAUAGUAUGGUCGCUUAAAUUGCGGGCAGCAACACCUAGAGGAAGAACACACAUCACUACUUGUAGACGUACAAAGACAACAACUAUCGCGGCUAUCCCCAUUUUUUAAGCCAGAUGAAGAAAAUUUCUUAUGAUGAUACAAGGAGAUGAGGAUGAAUAAUUAUUACAAUCGAGUGAGAACCGUGAUCAUUUAACUAUUUAUCUUUUUAGGUGACACUGAAAAUAAUGAGUUGAUUAACUAUUCAUUCAAUGACACUAACUGAUUAGAUGUGUUGAUUUUGGUGAAGUCGUGAAUACUACAAAUUUGUGGAGUCCAAGAUGUCUAACCGAAAAAGAGGACGAAACAGACGCAAAAAAGAAGAAGAAGAAAGGACAUCCUAUUUACAUCGGAAAUGAUUUGUGUAACUCUCUACACUCCUUUGUCGACAGAUGAUUUAACUUCAUCAAGCCCCUAGAUACAUACAUCCGGUGUGUAUGCUCUUGAUGAGAAGCUUGAAGUGCUAGUGAUGCUCAUGGGGAUGAUAUUUGGAUCAUUCAACUUCUGAAUUUCUUGAAGAAACGUCUUCUUGGUAUCUGUUUCGGUCAUCAGAUAAUCCCAAGAAGUUGGGCUCCUCAUCAAGUAUGGUAUUGAAUCUAGCCUCCAUAGAGUUGAUCAUACCUGAAUUCAACAAGACCAUCACACUGCCUGUACUGGUUUCCUUGCCCGCGGAAGUCAUUGACAUGGUUAAAGGGGAGAGAAAAGAAGAUAAGAUUGAUUACAUUUUUAUAGGCGCAUCAGUAGCAGGGGCGCUGAUAGCGUCACCAGCACCGUAUAUUAUCCGGUGGCUCCAAAGGAAGAGUAAAAGAAACAAAAAGAAAAAAGUCAUCAAGGGCAUAUUUAAAAGCCAAGACGGAAAUAUCGAUGUUCCACUUCGUGAAUACUAUCGAACCGCUGGUUCUCUCCUUAAACAGACACACCCUUCACAGACUUGUGCUAUGUCUUCGGUCGAUCUGCAUACACAGUACGCAUACCAGAUAAUGUUACCUGAAGCUAUUGCGAUUGUGAUGGCCCCUUCAGAUACUUACAGACAGCAUGGGAUAUUCCAUUUAUCUGAUCCUGGCGGUGUCUCCUUGAUUCGUCAUUGUCAACAACGUGGCUUUCAUGCACAUGAGGAGCCUUCUGACGGUAGUCCUAUUUAUGAGCAUUGUUCACAUGUUUACAUGAAUCCUAAAUUGAAGUUCGAGAUUGUGGAUCUUCGCUGAGGUCAAAGCUUAGUUUCUAAUAAUAACAACAGUAAAAAUUAAAUGUUUGUUCCUGACAAACUUACAUAGAAAGUGUGAAGUUAAGACACCCUUGACACUGGAAUCAUGGUUCCAUUUGGAAACUUCGUUAUCAACUCUGUAUACACAUUCCAUGCUGAACUGAAAAAAUAUAUAAAACAGUGAACUGAUUUUUAUUCCUACA